AUGGGUGGUAUAGUCUUUUCCUUAUUGUGUGGAAGAUUCAAGUUUGGAAUCGCCGCCGAGGUUUCAUGGUGUAAGAAUGGACUUAAUUCACCUGAGAGAGUUGUGCUUUUAUUUUUUAAACUUGGGUCAGUGGUGAGAAGGCCGAGAAAGUGGUUAAAACCGUCAUCGCAUCGGUUGGAACCUCAAGGUGGUAUUUUUGUCCUGUGGAAGAGCAAAGAUAUAUCAGUGGAUGUCCUUCAGGAUGACUCUCAGUUCGUUCAUAUGAAGGUAGUUCAGGAGAAGAAGAGCGAGUGCUUAUUGAUUGCUCUCUAUGCGAAACCUAUGGAGAGUCUGAAAGCCUGGCUCUGGAAGCAAGUUCUUCAGAUGUGGGAAGUUUAA